GAGGAUCCGCUCUUACUUAUCUGCUUAUAACCUUUUCCGCCUUUGAAUCCCUGAAUUAGCAUGGCAUCAUUAGCAUAUCCUAAGGAGUGCCCUUGCUGCAAAUGUACCCUUCGUUCAUUAGACGACCUGAAAAAACACCUGCGAACUCGUCAGUCCCAGGUUCAAGCGCUGGAAGACGAGCUUUUUCGUGUUAUUGAACGAAAUGAGUUUAGUGCCUCUGAGGUUAUACAGGAUACACAGACGACAGACACCGCAGAUACACGAUCUGAUGAAACGGAGUCUCUAUCAGAGAUACCUCAGCUACCAGAGGGACUGUCGAUACCGGAGGAUGACCCCCAGGUCGACUCUAACUCUAGCCACACCAACGAUUAUUUCAUCGAUCAGUCCGAGGAGGGCUUUAUGCAAUUGCUCAAGAAUGGAUCUCCGCAGUAUAUCGAUGCGUACAGAGUAUCUAGCGAGCAACGCUAUUUCGAAUUGCGUGUUGCUUUCAAAGAGAGUACUGAACAACGUAGUGGACAACUUGUCCAUUACUGGAUUCCAGAGGCCACGGUUCAAAAGUUUGACAAUGCUGCUGUUUGCACAUACUGGCACGCCCGUUUGGGUGCCGACGGAGGGCCUGUAGGGCGCCCUUACGAUGAAGUUGAUCCCCAAGUUCUCAAGAUCGUUGGAUAUAAGGACAGGAGUCAAGGAGACUUUUGGGUUCAAAUUGUCGGAGAUCCUGUCUUACAUCCCGAUCUCAUACCUACAAUCGAAGACUGGUCAGAGGACCCAAAGGAACCAGAAUCUAAGGCCUUGUUCCGAUAUAGGCCUACCUAUAUGACCGUUGCUGAAGUACAAGACAAAUGGCCCCGCCAGUACCAGCAAUGGAUGAACGGUACAAAGUGUCAAGAGAAUCGAAAGGCUCUCCAAGUACUUUAUGGUCACCGAGAAAACCCAAACCACAAGCGAUUUGAGGUCUCAAGGCUCGGUUUCAAUUGGGCUCCGACAUGGUGUGACGAGAGAGUUGUCCAUAAUUCGCACCCUUUUGCUCUUAUUACCUACUUUAAGAGCGAUCCAAAAGUGCGAACAGGGGAGAAUAAUACCUCGCUGAUUCCACCCAGAAUUUUCAAAAUUGUGCGAUGGCGUCGGGGUGAAGACGGACAACUCUUUUUUAUCUACCAAAAAAUAGGAGAAUCUGAGCUUGAGGAUGACUUAGAGGAGAGAGAUCUGAAAGGUAUAGAGAAACUUGAUAAGAAGAUGCUUAGUAUAUAUAGAAAGAAAAAUAGGUUAUAGG